GUUUCCAAACAUAUACUUGUCAGAAGGCCUAAAGGUUUACCUAAAAGGGCACCAAACUUCUCGUAAAGCCGGUAAUCGGCGGGACUCCGAGUCUAGUAGCUGCCUUUGGCUUAGCUAGGCAACCAUGCAAACCUGUAUAGCGUUUCGAGGAACUAGGGUGGCAAUCCCGCGCCAUGGGCGUGUACCUGCGUGCCGUCUGCCGCACAAGCUGCUGCGCCCUAGCACAACCUCCAGCAGCAAAUUGCCGGCAUCGGCUGAGCGUGAGCAAGAGCCCGUCGAGAAGCCCCAGGAGCAGCAGCCCGAGCAGCAGCAGGAUGUUGAAUCUCCAGUAGCCGUAGAGGUUAUCAACUCUGUGGAGGGCGCGUCUGAGGCGGCCCCUGUCGCAGCUCUGGAAGUGACCUCCCAGUCGAGUACUAGCGAGUCAUCUGUGGAGGAGGAAGCGGAGUCGCAAGGCGAGGCGGCCCCUGUGCAGGAGGAGGCGGAGGAGGCGGGCCCCGCGUCACACCCCUUGGAGGACGUGCCCGAGGAGGUGCAGGAGGACCUCAUUGCGUCCAAAGAGCUGGUUUCGGAGAUGCUGGAUGGCAACUCCUUCGGCAAGCGCGGCGAGCAGUGGCUGUUUGCGCAGCUGGCAGCGAUCGCAAUGCUGCUGUUCCCGCCUCUCACGCUCAAGGGUCUAGUGGACUUCUGCGCCACGUUGGCGCUCACUGCGGGUGUCGUGUUCAUGGGCACGGCAUUCCUGCACCUGGGUCGCAACCUGAGCCCCCUGCCCGAGCCGCGCAAGAAGCACCAGCUGGUGGUGCAGGGCAUCUACGGCUAUGUACGGCACCCCAUGUAUGGCGGGCUGCUGCUGGCGGCGCUGGGUAUCGCGGUUCUCACACGCAAUGAGACGCGGCUGGCGAUUGCGGGGCUGCUGUGGUGGGUCCUGGAGAACAAGGUGAACGCUGAGGAGCGGGCCCUGUCUGAGCGCUACCCGGAGUAUGCGGAGUACAAGGCCAAGGUCAAGAAGUUCUUCCCCUUCCUCUACUGAGACGGUAGUGAUGGAGAGGGUGCUGUGGCGCAGCCUUCGCAAAAAGCUGGUCUUGUUCCUGCAUACGUUUGCAGCGCGGCCCACCGCCAGUAGCAGCAAGUGUUGCAGCGGCCUUGUUGUGACAGCUGCCUUGUGCCGACACAGCAGCGUCGCACGACAGGAAAGAAGGCAGAAGGCUUUGGCUGGGAAUUUUAUGAGGCUGGACAUUCUUGGUUUGCGUGCUAUCGUCAGCUGGGGCUGCUGUUGGUGCCCCUCUGUGCUGCCGUGAGGAGAACGGUUGUGUCGCCACGUUCUGACGGAUUAGCCCAUGGCGAGUACCGUGAAAAGGCGGCAUGCAUUUAGGGGUGUAUUGGGAUACACUAUUGAGCUGCAGGCUGUGCGCUUAGGUUGUUGCGCAACCUGGCAUGUGUUUUGAAGACGGCUUGCAUGGCUCCAGAUGGACGCGAAUCGCAACACCCACACUUUUGAGGAGACUAAAAGCAAUAGUAGUUGUUUUGCCUUUUCGUUCCUAAUUAUUUUCCACAGCACUUGGGCGUGUUCUGGAUGGCUGACUUUGACUGCUGCCAUGCUCGGCCCUGCGACGUAAGGGUCGGGCGGCAAUGGUGGGAUAUGAAUUUUGCAUCGUAGCUGAUGAGUUUUGUUUGGCCCGGAUGUGGCUUCUUGCAUCCUGUGAGGGCAUCCUGAGGACAUGAGGUUCGACGUUGGGCUGCCUACGUACAAGCGCAGCAACGAGAAAAGGGUUACCUUCUCUUGCUACAAGCGCUGGCAUGCUUACACGAC